GUUGUUAUUUAAAUCUACUUUUAGGUUAGAAUCGAAAGGAAUGGUUUAUUUAAGUAUAAUUUUAUUGUAAAUUUGUAAAUAAUUUAUAAAGUGAAUAAUAGAUACGAAUAAUUCAAAAGUGUAAAAUUAAUCCAAUGAGAAGAAUGGCUUCAAUAAGGAAAUAUAUUGAUAUCGGAGCUAAUCUCACAGAUGACAUGUAUCAGGGUGUUUAUCAUGCAUCAAAGAAGCAUGAACCAGAUCUGGACAGAGUACUGGAGAGGAGCUGGGCCAAUGGCAUGUAUAAAAUGAUCAUAACUGGAGGGAGUUUAAUUGAUAGCAAGAAAGCAAUUGAUUUGUCCUACACUGAUUCAAGAUUGUAUUCAACAGUGGGAUGUCAUCCAACAAGGUGUAAUGAAUUUAUUGAAAACCCGGAAAAAUACUUAGAUGAUCUUAGAGAUCUAAUUACAAACAACAGAGAGAAAGUUGUAGCGAUUGGAGAAUGUGGCUUGGAUUACGAAAGACUGCACUUUUGUGAAAAAAAUAUACAACUUAAAUAUUUUGAAUAUCAGUUGAAACUAAGUCGAGAAUUCAACUUACCAUUAUUUCUUCAUUGCCGAGCUGCGGCUAAUGACUUAGUGCAUAUCUUGAAACGAAACAAAGAUGACAUUGUUGGCGGAGUUGUGCAUUCAUUUGAUGGUCCGCAGGAUUCUCUUGAGAAGAUAUUGGAGUUAGGAAUGUAUAUAGGUAUAAACGGAUGUUCACUAAGAACAAAAGAGAAUUUGGAAGUUGUGAUGAAAAUACCACAAGAUCGUCUUAUGAUAGAGACUGAUUGUCCGUGGUGUGAAGUGAAACCAACUCAUCCAGGUUAUACUCAUGUUGUGACCAAAUUCCCUGCGGUCAAGAAGGAGAAAUACUCUAUAGAUUCUGGUAAUCAAGUAAAAGGUAGAAAUGAACCUGUUAAUAUUGUGCAAGUACUAGAAAUUUUAGCAGCUGUACGUAAAGAAAAUAUUGAUGAAUUGGCUGAAGCUAUUUUUAAUAAUACAAAUAAAUUGUUUUUUAGCAACAAAUAA